AAACGAGACAAUAUAGUAAACACCCUAAAGGCAGACGGUGUGGUGGAUAUUGAAGAUAUUGUUUCUCUGGGUAAAUCGACUCGAUGCUGUCCGUAUUACAUGUCACGCGAACUGAAAUCCAACGCUGAUUUGAUUUUCAUGCCUUACAACUAUCUACUGGAUCCUAAGGUAAGUGAGCAGUCUGGUAGUUAG